GGAAGUGAAGAGUCUGUUCUCAGGUUAAACACACACACCCACACUCGUGUUAUAUUGUUUUUUUUGUCGUCCAGAUUCAGUUUAUUAUUGUUAUUAUUCCUCAGAUGUCACAAUAUUGACAGUCACAUGUUAUUGAUCCAUCAUUGAUCCUGAGCCGAUCAAUAACAAACAUGUCAGCCUAUUACAAAACAAGUUUAAUCUGGUUAAUUCCUUCAAACAGAGGAGGAACCUUUGUUCUUGUCCUUUUAUUUUUCACAUCCUGGAAAACGUUGAACUUUGACCUGUUUACUUUAAAGGGGCCAGAUAUGAGUGGUCUCUGAUUGGACAACGACAGACUGUUGUCCUUCAGGACAUCAGUGGACACAGGACUCACACACUGACUCUUCCACGUGGACGAUGGCUCCCGGUGUCUGCGUCUUCUUGUGCGUGGUGGUGUGUGUGUUGGGGGCGUCCCAUGGCUGCCUGCAGGACCCUGCCUCGGCCUACUCACUCACCGGAGCCGUGUGCCGCCUCACGUACCCGGCUGCUGUCGUCUUGAAUGAAAAAACUACGAAGGUGAUCGAGGCCGCAUUCCAACAUGCUCGCUACCCGAGUGUAAAAGGAGAGAAAUCCUUGCUGUUGGUGGGUAAAGUUAUGUACGGUCUGCACAAUUUAGAGAUUCACAACCUGACGAUUGGUCGAAGUGCGUUCGAGCUGCGUGCAGGUGAAGGCAUCGCCAUGGAGAUCAGCAACGUGUCGGCAGUCUUCAGAGGAACCAUCGAGUACGGAUACGGCAGCUGGCUUGUCGUUUUAUCGCAAACUCUGGACUUUGACAUCGAGUCUCAGAUUGAUCUGGGAAUCAAACCCAAACUCUACUGUGCUAACGAUAAAGUGGCGGCCGACACGUCCGACUGUUACCUGAACUUUCAUAAGCUCCGCCUCCAUCUGCAGGGAGACAAAGAGCCAAACUGGCUGAAGAAACUCUUCACUGACUUCAUCACCUUCACUGUCAAACUGCUCAUUAAGAGCCAGGUUUGUAAGGAGAUCAACAAGGUGUCGAACGUUCUGGCUGAUUUCAUCCAGGACACUGCAGGGCAGUUCCUCAGUGAUGGAGACAUCAGUGUCGAUGUUGGUGUCACUGCUGCUCCUGUCAUCACUGCCAACUACAUAGAGUCUUAUCACAAGGGAGUGACUAAUUACCACAAUAGCUCCGCCCUCAUCAUUGACUCUGUCUUCCACCCGAGUCAGCUGACUGAGAACAGGAUGCUGUAUUUCUGGUUGUCAGAUCAGGUCUUUAACCCCAUGAUCGCCGCUGCUCACAAAGAUGGCCGCUUCCAGCUCAGCAUCUCUGGGGCGGAGCUUACCGAACUUUUCAACAGGAGUCUCUGCAGCGUCACACCUGAGUUUAUACAACAGUGUCUGUGGGACUCGGAUUCUCCAGAACUCAGACUGUGGACUUCAUCUGUUCCUUUCCUCAACACGUCCACCUUGGGAUCGACUGUGUGGGUGGAGACAUCUGGUCAGCUGACCUGUGGGCGGAGUCAAAGCGUUCCAACACUCUUCUUUCAAACGAGGGUGGUCGUGGACGUCACAGCGUCUUAUUCAGAGAAGCAACUCUUCCUCCAGAGAAACUCUUCACAGAUUUUUGUGAUUCGUGCUGAUUUGACGUCACAAAACCAAACCCUGGUCCAUGAAGAUGAAAAUGAAGAUGAAGAGUUUGUCAGAGAAGCUGUGGAGAAGAUCGGGGUUCCUAAGGUUUUAUCAGUUCUUCAGACAGAGAUAACACGACUUCUGGACAAACAGGGAACAAAAUUAUUUGACAUCAUUCACCCUGAAGUGAUUCCUCGAGACGGCUUCAUGGUGAUUCAGAUGGACUUUGGUUUCCCUCAUCACCUCCUGGUUGACUUCCUCAAGAAGACACUACAGUAACGCCGCAAUGCAUCAUGGGACGACAGAACUGGACUAAACACGCCUCUAUUUUAUUUUGAAACUUAACUCAUUGGCUGCCAUUGACUGCUAUAGACGUCAAUUCGAUCACUGCUCUGAAAAUAGCUGGCAGCCAAUGAGGAUGUUAAAGAAUGCAAAUAAAAUGAAAUGUUGUUUAUUUAGAAA